AUGUUUCUUCACUCAGUCAACCUUGGGAACCUGGCGUUUUAUGUCUUCAUGGUCUUUAUGGCCACCCUGGGACUAUGGGAUGUCUUUUUCGGCUUUGAGGAGAACAAGUGCAGUAUGAGCUACAUGUUUGAGUACCCGGAGUAUCAGAAAAUAGAACUUCCAAAGAAACUGGCAAAACGCUAUCCAGCAUAUGAGUUAUAUCUUUAUGGAGAAGGAUCGUAUGCUGAAGAACACAAAAUUCUCCCUUUGACAGGUAUUCCAGUUCUCUUUCUUCCUGGUAAUGCUGGAAGUUAUAAGCAAGUUCGUUCUAUUGGCUCUAUUGCUCUUAGAAAAGCAGAAGACAUUGACUUCAAGUACCACUUUGACUUCUUUAGUGUGAACUUCAAUGAGGAACUAGUGGCACUAUAUGGUGGAAGUCUUCAGAAGCAGACCAAGUUUGUACAUGAAUGCAUUAAGACAAUUCUCAAACUCUACAAGGGUCAAGAAUUUGCUCCGAAAAGUGUGACAAUAAUUGGUCAUUCUAUGGGUGGCCUUGUUGCAAGAGCAUUGCUUACACUGAAAAAUUUUAAACAAGAUCUGAUAAAUCUUCUUAUUACACAAGCCACACCUCAUGUUGCUCCUGUGAUGCCAUUAGAUCGUUUCAUUACAGAUUUCUAUAUGACUGUAAACAACUAUUGGAUUCUAAAUGCUCGACACAUAAAUUUAACCACACUUUCUGUAGCUGGAGGAUUCCGGGACUACCAAGUUCGUUCAGGACUGACUUUUCUACCAAAACUAAGCCAUCAUACCAGUGCCUUAUCUGUUGUGAGUUCAGCAGUGCCUAAGACCUGGGUUUCAACAGAUCACCUCUCCAUUGUGUGGUGUAAACAAUUGCAGUUGACUACGGUUCGAGCAUUCUUUGAUCUUAUUGAUGCUGAUACUAAACAGAUAACUCAAAAUUCCAAGAAGAAAUUGUCAGUUUUGAAUCACCACUUUAUAAGACAUCCUGCAAAACAUUUUGAGGAAAAACCAGCUAUAAUUUCUGACUUAACAGGUUGGUGCUAUAUUGAGUGUUUUUUCUUUUUUUAGGAAUCUGAUAAGAUAUAUUUUACAUUUCCUCUUGCAAAUCAUAGAAAAAUCCACACUCAUGUCUACUGUCAGAGCACUAUGCUGGAUUCAAAUAGUUGGAUUUUUGGCUGCAUAAACAGCACUUCUAUGUGCCGGCAAGGGGUUGAUUUAUCAUGGAAAGCUGAACUGCUGCCAACAAUUAAGUCUAUGAUGUUAAGACUUCAAGACUAUCCAUCUUUGUCUCAUCUUGUUGUUUAUGUACCAUCUAUUCAUGGAAGUAAGUUUGUUGUAGAUUGUGAAUUCUUUAAAAAAGAGAAAAGAUACAUACAGCUUCCUGUAACUCAUCUUUUUUCCUUUGGAUUGUCUUCAAGGAAAGUUGUGUUAAAUACAAGUGGCCUGUACUACAAUAUAGAGCUUCUGAACUUUGGACAGAUAUACCAAGCUUUUAAAAUCAACGUGGUAAGCAAGUGCUCAGCAGUCAAAGUGCCAGUUACUGUUGAUACAGCAAAUUCGGUAGUUAGAUUUCAUGGCGGAGCUCUUCCUGCUUAUGUUGUAUCUAGUAUCCUCCUUGCUUAUGGAGGACAGUUAUACUCUCUUUUCUCAACAGGUUAUUGCAUAGAAUAUGCUACCAUAUUGGAUAAAGAAGCUAAACCAUACAAAGUUGAUCCUUUUGUAAUUAUAAUUAAGUUUCUAUUGGGGUAUAAAUGGUUUAAAGAACUGUGGGACACAUUACUGCUACCAGAAUUAGAUGCCAUCUUUUUAACUAGUCAGAGCAUGUGUUUCCCCCUUGUAUCCUUGAUUCUCUUUCUCUUUGGAACAUGUACUGCCUACUGGAGUGGCCUGCUCUCCUCUGCAUCUGUGCGACUCCUUUCUUCGUUGUGGCUUGCUUUGAAAAGACCCUCUGAACUUCCUAAAGAUAUUAAGAUGAUAUCACCAGACUUGCCCAUUUUGACAAUUGUUUUGAUCAUAGUUAGUUGGACAACUUGUGGAGCACUUGCCAUACUUCUUUCUUAUCUUUACUAUGUGUUUAAGGUGGUCAAGGGAAAUAAAAGGAGUAAAUUGUUGAAGACUGCUUCACAGUUUCCACUUCCUCUGGCUGUUGGUGUGAUUGCUUUUGGAUCAACACACUUAUAUAGGGUUCCAUGCUUUGUCUUCAUUCCUCUUUUACUCCACGCGUUAUGCAACUUUAUGUGAGAUUGGACUUACAGAAUGAUAAAGAUG